GUAUGUUUAAGUAAGAAGAAAGGUGAAACACGCGAGAAGGCACAUGAAGUCUGUGGCACAUCAAGUCAACUUCGAAAAUCCCAAUUGCGGUGCUCGCGGGUCGGCAUUGUAAAAAGCUCUUUCGGAGCUUGUGCGCAUGGGGAGCGAGCAGAGUUGCAUUCGUAUAUGGAGGAUUUCGCAUACCUAUUGGGGGGUUUUAUUCGGCGUUGUAAGCAUGCAGUAGGCAAAGAGCACAAGUUUAUUCGUGUAAAAUAUUGAGUUCUUACCCAUCAUGUGAGGAUUGCCAAAAAUACUUUUUUGACUCUUGAAUUAUGCAAAGGUACCGUAUAAAAUGGAUUUGCUUCUAGAAAUACGUGUUAGCUCCUUUAGCGUUCGUUGUUCCAAAGAACUGCUCCACUGAAUUGGAGUAUUGGAGCAGCAAGGAGACAAAUACACACAGAUUUAAAGAGAACUGCACUCCGAGGGUUUGACAGUCUACAACACGUCAAGCAUUAGUUUUAUAAAUCAAUGAAAACGCCUUUAUGAACAAAUUUGGUAACGGCAUACGAUAAAUCCAAUCAAUGAUAACUUACACUUAUGAUAUCCCAUCGUUUUAAAUCAACUAUAAAAAAUAACGAAUGAUAUAAGUAUAUAUGUUUAAAUAGGCCGAUGACAUUUGUUAAUAAGCGCCCCAAUAGCAUAUUAAUAGGGAGAGAGAGCAAUAUCUGAAACCGCACCAACAACAAAAACAACAAAAUAUUUGAAUAGUAUUGAAAAUUCACAAGUCCUUUAAUAAUAGAAAAGCUUCGUGACGGUCACGGCGAAGUUAAAGGAAUCCGAAAGGAUUUGUGGUGCCGCAUCAAGUGGCAUCAAUUUUCAUAAGUUUAAGCUUAAGAUGGCAAAUACGCUUUCCGUCAUGACGAACGUUUUGCGGAAUGUUGUCAGCAAGCAGCGUAUACGCUACAAGGAGAAUGGAUAUAAUUUAGACUUGGCCUAUAUAUGCGACAAUAUAAUUGCAAUGGGUUAUCCGGCAGACAAUAUAGAGAGUAUAUUUCGAAAUCGAUUGGAAGAUGUUUACAAAUUUCUCCAGGAAAUUCAUCAGAAUCAUUAUAAAAUUUAUAAUCUCUGCCUUGAGCGUAGCUAUGAUAGCAAUAAAUUUCAUGGAAGAGUUGCUGUUUAUCCAUUUGAGGAUCAUAACCCACCAACGAUAGAAUUGAUACAAAGAUUUUGUGCGGAUGUCGAUACUUGGCUAAAAGCAGAUAGCCAAAAUGUGGCUGCUGUACACUGUAAGGCGGGCAAAGGCAGAACUGGUACAAUGAUUUGUUGCUAUCUGCUGUAUAGCGGACAACAGCAAACUGCCGAAGAUGCUCUAGAAUGCUAUGCUGAAAAGCGCACAAAGGAUCGCAAAGGUGUAACGAUUCCAUCGCAAAGACGGUAUGUACAGUAUUUCGCAAAAUUAAUACGAUCUGGUGUAACAUAUGAAAAGCGUAUUCUGCAGUUUUGUGAAAUUCGUUUUACUGAGGCUAAUUUGUUGCAUAGUCAUGGCACAGUGCAUUGCUCAAUUUCCGUGUUGGAAGAUAAUGGAUGUUCGGUUAAAGUAAUGCCUUUGCUGGGAUUGCCAAUCGAUUUUCGAAAAAGUUACACAUUGGAUCUAAAAAAUCAUUCGCUAUGCGUGGCUGGUGACAUUAAAGUGGAGCUUACACAUAAAAAGAAAUUAUUUCAUUUCUGGUUUAAUACAUAUUUUGUUCGUGAUGAUUCUGUCAUUGAAGAAGAAGGGGAGGAAGCGAAACUCGUGUACACGCUUAAUAAAUGUGAAAUAGAUGAUGCACACAAAGACAAAGAGCACAAAAGCUUUUCCGAAGGCUUUAAGGUGCAACUUGUUUUCUAUACGGAAAGUUCAAUGCGGCCCGGCUUGCAAGCCAAUGUCAGCAGCAUCGCUAGCCAAAUUAGCAAUAAUCAAAGAAAGUCUCAAAAUGCUCGCCUAUCGCAUCAAUACAGUGGCGGUGGAGGCGAUAGCAGUAGCAGCAGCAACUGCCAGCUGCCACAGAACAGCAGCAGUGGUAGCGAUCUGAACUAUAUUUGUGAUCAAAAGUCCUCCUCAUCAGCGUCCGCUUCGGUAAGCAGCUUUGGUGGACCACUAAUUGGUGGUAGUGGUGGCAGUGGAAGUAUCGGCGACACGAGCAUGGGUGAUGCAGCAAAUGCUGCAGAUUAUUCCUGCCUUGAGGGCGCCUACGCCGGUACGCAAUUUAUGCAGCAGCUUCCGCCGUAUCAAUAUGCGCUUCAGCAACAGCAACAAAAGCAACGGAUUUCCGUUAGCUAUAAACAACAAUAUGUCGGCGCUGCGAAAAACAUAACUGGAGGCAGCAGCGGCGGCGGUGGUGUUGGUUGUGAUAGCUACAAUUGUGAUGCAGACGUUACACCAUUUGGUGGCCGAAUAACCGCUGCUACUACUACAGUUGCUUGUGCAUUACCCACACAACAACAACCACCACAACACACUUAUGUGAAUUUGGAAAAUAUUAUGCCUGCGGCGGAUAAACAACAAUAUUUACAACAAAUGCAGGAGCAUGAGGUAAUGAAGUCCUUACUGACAACAACAACCACAACACCAAAUGUAGCUAAGGCCACGCUAGCGACAGUAACUGCACCUUCAACAGCGAUCAACUCUUUUAAGCUGGCAACGGCAAUACAACAACAAAGCAAUGCGGCGAAGUUUAUGACGCCAUCUGCAGCAGCAGCGUUUACUGGUGGCCAAAAAAAUAUAUUGCAACACCAACAAGCAUCAUCAGCAUUGCAACUGGUUGGCAACACCACCAAUAACAACAGUAAUAGCAGGCAAGUGGAUAAAGGAAACAUAGCAGCAGCAGCGCAAAGUAAUGGUGCAGUUGGCGGUUGCGGCGGUGGUGGCGGUGGUGAGGUGAUGAACGGUCGCAUUAGUGGCAACAGUAGCAAAAGCAGCAUUAACAGCCAAUCAUCGUCGUCUGCAUCAACCACAUCGUCCGCAUCGUCGUCGGUACCGACAUCGGCUGGUGAUCAAGAUUGUGAAGAAGAAGACUGGGAGUCCGGUGAGUGCCAUCCAAAAAUGUCACACACAAUUGCCUACAAAGCAUUACAGUCAUCUACACUAUUAGCGCCUUCCAAACCUCCUACAGCUAACAAUACUAUUACUAUUACUACUACAAGUACUAUACCCUUUACCACUGCUACUACUCACUCCAAAUUGAUUUCCACUCCCAUUUCUCAACUACCUUCUACAUUUUAUAUGAAUAUAAACAGUAAUAGUGGUAGUUAUACUUGUAGUUAUUGUUGUGAUGAUGAUGAAAUUAAUCGCAAUUUAAAAUGUGAAUGUGACAAUGUCCAAAAUACGGAAAAGUUGAAAGAAAUCGAAUCGAUUAUCACCAACGAGCGACGAUCGAGUUGCACUGCUUCUAAAUCAAAUGGCGGUAUAGAAAAAGUUCUUAAAUCUAUAGAUUUGAAAAAUAGGUCUAAUACUGAGUUUAGGUCAAAUAAUACUGCAACAGGUAAUGCCUUUGACGGUAAGCUAGCAGCUCUAAUACCUAACCCCAUUGGUGCGACGGAAGGUUUGCAUAGCGUUGAUUCACAGUACCCAAAAUUAGUUCCGCCACCCAGUAGAGACAAAGUCUUAGUUCAGGUAUCAAUGUCGUCGCCCAAAAAAACUGAUGGCGCCGCUGUCAGCAGUAACAAAACAAGCCCCAUGAGCAAUGUCAGCAGCGUGGUCAGCUCGUGGACACACAAGCCGCUAUUAUUUCAACAUAAACUUGGUGGCAAGAAAAUGCGUGAUUUGGGCGUGGUUAGCUCAGCAGCCAUUGCUGUAGCUAAAGCCAAUCCAGCUACAACUGAUGGGGCAGUACUAGCGUUGAGCUGUUCCCCGGCGACGAGUGGUUGCAGCGGUUUGGCAAGCACUUCGCGUCGCAAACUGAAAAAUAAACUGAAAAAUAAUACAAAAAAAUUAUCGCAUUGGUUGCAGAAUCAUUUUCGCGCAAAUCCUGUAGAAUUUUGCGAGAAUGUUGUACAACAUACGACUUCUAUUAGACGCAACAGUAAUUGUAGCGUAAGUAGUCGCAGUCACAAGAUGUCCAUGUCAUCGACAACGGGCACGCCGGUGUCGUCUUUGCCAAAGCAGCGACCACUGCUGGCAACAUCAGAGUUUAUUAGUGAAAAUUGCAUUAUUGAUGGAGGUGAAGAAGCUGCACAAAUGGAAAGUUGUGAUAUUUAUGGAGAUGUCGAAGGCGUGCUCAAAGGUGGGACACUAGCGGCUGUCGCUGCUGCUGUUAACAUCGAUGUGGUCGGUGGCGGUGAGGGCGAUGGCGGCGGCAGUGGUGGUGGUGGCGGACGCACAAAAAUAUCAUUGUCCGAGUCGAUGACUGCUUCGAAUGGCAGUUUGUCGACUGUAGGCGGUGGUAGCGGCGUUGGUGCUGUUGGUCACAGUGGUGGCGGCAGCGGUAGUAGUGACGCUUUUGAGGAUUUUUACUCAUCAAAUUGUGAUAAUCAGCUAAGCUUUAAUAACUCGCCAUGUAAAAGUCCGCGUUCACUAGUCGAUAUUGGCAGUUCAAGCGCUUACAGUGUAUCACACGAGCUUCACUAUGCCACCAGCUUCAACGAGCGGAAUUCAAAUUUGCGCGCAUUAAAGCGCGGCGAACUGCACAUGCUACGAAUUGCAAGUGCACACAUGCCAGAGCAGCAACAACAUCAGCAUCAACAACAGUUACAUCAACUGAAUGUUGUUGUGGUUGCAGCCAAACCAGCUAAAACGCAUGCGAUUGGUUUCAAUGUCACCGAGGAAAGGACACAUGACACAGACGCUGAUGAUGGCGAAGCCGAAGUCGAAGUCAAUGAAAAAGAUGCUGGCGAAGCAAAUGAUAUAAACGCUAGUGACAUAACGGUUGGCGCAAAUGUAACCAUUGUAACAACCGACGAGCAGCUGGACGAAAAAAAUGAGAAGAAGCGUGAGGAGCAGGCAAUGAUCAACAAAUGUCAAGCACCGUUAUUAAACAGUUAUAUGUUAGAUACGAAAAUCGAUGAAGUCGAUGAGGAUUGUGAUGAAGAUGGUGCUACAACUGCGUCGAGCAUCUAUUACACGCCCACGCUGGUUAGUGCGGGUGGUGCGGUUGAAAUUGACGGAGGCGGCAUUAAAGCAAUCACAUCACACUACCCAUUCACAUUUCCAAAUAUGCAAGACGAUCUUGCCCAUAUAGCUUAUAGUAGUGAUUGUCCUAAAGCGAAUGAUGUGCGUGCAGCAGCCACUGAUAGCGAUCAAAAUGUUGAUGCGUUUGCAUGUAUGACGCUUGAAAAAUGCCGGCUAUCGACUCAAUGUGGUGUUGCAAAUGUAAAGCUUGAGACGGUGGAGGCGGUGUCCGCAACAAAAUCAGCGGCGUCUACAGCCCAUCCAGCUUCCGCAAGCGCAACUGUGACAACGAACGAUGCCGCCGAUGCCGCAGAUGCCGCCGAGCACACCGCUGAGCAAUGACAGUGCACUGUUACGCGGUUGUAUUGAAAAUUUUUUUUUCGAAUGUAUGUAUUUGAAAAACAGCUAACGGGUGAAAUAUGUUGGGGUGUGAACGAAUGCUCUAGUUAGCAGUGCGCUAAAAAUUAUUUGUCGCUGUGAUAUAGAGCGUAUUUAUUAUUACUAUACCAUGAAAAUGAAGCUUGAAUUUAAUAUGUAUGUAAGUACAUAUACAGUAAAUAUUCGUAUAUUUGCUUUCAUAGAAUUCUUUCGCCUGCCAAACAAGCUUAGUUUUAAAUCUGUUUGAGAGUCAAUUGCUUCACUGUCUUUUCUCACUAUCACUUUUUUUUGCUAUACGCCAUCACAGCGGCAAAUAUUUUGCGUUUGCGUUUAUUUGUAACUGCUAUUAUAGAGCGUCAGUGCGUCCAAAUAGUUUUAGAAUUGUGCUGUAUUUGGCUUCUUAUAUAUUAGUGGCACUCUAUGCUCUACAUGUAUGCGUCCGACCGCCAGCGUCGCAGUCGUUUGCGCCACAAAUUUUAUAUUCAUUCUUACACACUACAUACGUGUAUCAAGAUCUCAUACGACUUCUCGUAUAAAUAACAAAUAUUGUAGGCACAGAACGGAUACAUUUGCAUACGUUUUUGUGCCCUUAUUAUUAUGAUUAUUAUUUUUUUAAUAUUAAAACAUAAAUAAUUAGUAACGUAAUGAAAGUAGCUUUUUAGGUUGCCAAAUAUUUAAAAUGGCAGAGCAGAAAAUAUUUCAAAUGAAACACUAUACCAGUACUAAAACCUAUUCACUAUCGAUAACCCACAUUCGAACGAAGUGACAAACGAAGAAAAAUAAUUUCUUAUCAAAACUGUAUUUUAUAAAAAAUAGAAGUCGGUUUAACCGAAAAUCAACCAAAUAGAACACGUUUGUUAGCGCAACUUUCAGUUAAAACUUUGUACAGGCAUAAAAAUAUAUUACAUAUUCAAAAAAAAAUAAAAAUAAA